UGACCAAUUUAGUCAAAAUGGACGAAAGAGGAGAUGGGGAAAACAACGGUAGAAAUCGCAGAGAGCUUCAACUGCAUUUAUUUCUAAGAGGAGAUCGGCCACCAGCCGAUCAACGUCAUGCUGGAGUCAUUGCCUGGAUUGAAUUCUUCCUUAGUCAUGAACAAGAGGAGCCCAACGUUGCUGUGUUACUAGACUUGCUGAACCAAAAUGACGCUGACGAUAAUGAUAACAAUGAAAACCAGGGUGAUGGAAACCAGGACAAUGAAAACUAUGAGAUCAAUGAAAACCAGGAUAACAAUGAAAACCAGGAUAACAAUGAAAACCAGGACAACGAGGAAAACCAGGAUAACUAAAACCAGCACAA